AUGGUAGAAGGAUAUUCAUUUGGUGCUCCAGUUGCGAGGUGUGGAGAUAUGCUACCGUCACAUGGUGUAUCACCACAAGCUUCGUUACCACCAUAUAGCCUGACAGCUAGUACCAACACUUACAAACUAGGAGAUGUCAUCAAUAUUACACUUCAGUCAUCUGAGACAACAUUGAAAGGAUAUAUUAUAGCAGCUAAAGACAAUGCAACCAGAAAAUUAGUCAUGGGACGUUUUACGGACGCUGCUAAUGGCAUCACCUUAAACUGUGGAACUUCGGGUGCAGGGGCAGUCACUCACCAAAAUGGUCAACUUAAGUCCUCUCAACUGUUUAAGUGGGAACCGAUAGCUGAUACAACUGAACCUAUUGUUUUUAUAGCAACCGUUGUAGAAACGGAGCCAUCUUUCUGGAUGGGAAUUACUACAGAAGUAGUUACUCCAGAAAUACCAGUAUCCCCGCUGCCACCAACAAAUGUAACAACUACAAUAGGAACAACAACAAAUGUACAAAGUGGUUCCCUUCCUACUGAUUCUGAAUGUGGAGCUACCAAGGGAUGUUUUAUAGAUUGUACUGGUAACUCUUGUAACUAUAUUGUAACCUGGAGAGAUAAUGGUGAUGCAGUGGACUUUGAACUGUCAGCAAAGCUACAAGACACAAAUAAUAAAUGGAUUGCCAUUGGCUUCUCGAGUGAUCUAAAAAUGGGUGACGAUGAAGUAAUUACCUGCAUACUUUUUGGAAAUAAUACGAGUGUCCUGAGGAGCUUUAACGAUGGCAAAGGGAAUGUUCCAGUUGCUAAUCCUGUGGAGGGAUUAUCGAAUUAUAUAGUUACGGUUCAAGAUGGAAUUUUCAGAUGUAGUUUUAGAAAGAACAAACGAUUAACAAGACAAAAAAGGCAAACUUCUAGGUCUUUGUUUGUGGAUUUAGACAACGACUUUAAUGUUAUGUAUGGCACGGGACCAGCUUCAUCAGGUAGUCGUGUAUCCAUACAUAUUGAAAACCCAGUUGUAACGCCUGGAAAGGUAGAUUUUCAAUCCUUUGCCGUUAUUGGUGACACUGCUAAACAUCCACUAGUAAAAGUUCACGCAUGUCUGAUGAUCAUUGCUUGGAUAUUUUGUACUGGAAUAGCUAUAAUAGCUGCGAGACAUUACAAACCCGUAUGGUCUAAAUCGUCAUGGUUUAAUCAGAAAAUAUGGUUUCAGAUUCAUAGGACAUUGAUGGUUACAGCAAUGACAUUGACGGUUAUAGCCUUUAUAACUAUAUUUGUGGAAGUUGGAGGUUACAGCGAGGUGUAUGCAAGACCAGGAAAAGAAUAUCUUCCAGCACAUCCAGUUUUAGGAAUUAUAGUUACUAUAUUGUGCAUUUUGAAUCCAAUUAUGUCAUUGUUUCGUCCUGGACCAACAGAUAGAAAACGCGCAAUAUUCAACUGGGCUCAUUGGGGAGUCGGCAUGGUUGCCCAGAUUCUAGCAAUUAUAACUAUAAUCUUUGGAGUAGAAUUACAAAAGUCAACAGCACCAAGGUAUACAGUAUGGGUUGUUGUUGGCUUUGUUAUUUACUAUGUCAUAAUGGAGAUUACUCAGAAAGUCGUGGACAAACUAUUCAACAGUCAAAUAGAUAAAGCUGAAGACGCAACCGGUGAAAUGACACUGACUCAAAGGAGUUCAUAUAUUGUAUCUCUACCAAAGUUGGAUGAUAAAGAAAAGAAAAUUAUCAAGGUUACCUUGCUGAAAAAAUCCCUACUUGCUUUACAUGUAGUGUGUUCUUUGUCGUUCACCUUAGCCCUUUUGAUAUUGGUGUCCUUGUAUUAAUAUUCAAAUAUUUUCUCUAAAGAUGAAUAUGAAUAUGAAAUCAUAUAUGUGUAAACACAUUGCUGUAAUAAUUUAUUUAAUUGAUGAUAAGAAAAUAAUCGUAUGACAACGAACUGUUUUGUAUACGAAUGGAUGGCUUUCGUAUUAUCCUUUUCCAAAUGCGAAUUUUGAGAAUUGAACAUCGGUCAACCACUGUCGUCUUAAUUUAAUCAUAUGUGCCUUGUAUAACAGUACACAGCAUUUUGUGUUCGACAAUUUUUAAAGUGUACGUUAUUAUUGGAGAAUAAAAUCAACUAUAUCCAAAAUAUCUUCGUUGACAUAAUUCAGUUCAACAGAAAUAGCACAUAAUAGCAUUUCCUUAUUUAGAAAAUGGUAAAUUAAUCUGUUUUAUGGCUAGCUAAUCAUCUCACAUGCAUGACAGUCACAUAAGGUUCCAUAUUCACAACAAUGUGUGAACAAAAGAAGCACACAUAAUGGGUAAUACUGUCAAAAAUAGGGGUAAUGCAGUCAACGUUGUGUUAUAAUCUUAAUCACUGUCGAAAAAAUAUGUCUAAAAAGAAAUACAAAAUGUCAUAUAGACAAAGCACAUAAGCAAAAAAAUGUAAGACAAUAAUACAAAAAUUGACAAUAGCACAAUAACUCAAUGAUGGGGAGAAUAAGUAACGAGCCACGCCAAAGAGGUAUUGCCAAAAAAUGGACUAAACAUUAAGAGUAAAAAUAUACAAAAACAAACAAAGGAAUACGUUAACACGUUAUAAUUUAAUUUUUGAUGUACGCGUCUUCUGAUUGUCUGACAGUGUUUUGUUUAUCAGCUUAAAGACAUAAGUUUGUCUAUGUGGCCGUGACGUCAUCAACGUUUUUAUAUGAUUUACUCCGGCGUAAUAUGGAAUUUAAAAUUAAGUUAUAAGGAAUGCUGAAAUAUGUUUUCUGUCUAUUCGAAAUAACAUUAAAUAUGUGGUGAACACUGAAUAAUCUGAGUAGCAAUUUCGAUAUUAAUUAUUUCUUUAUAGAUAGAAAAAAAUAGUACAGUCAUUCCUUAAAUAAUUAUUUAGAUGGUACACCAUGCCUAGAAUCUAUACUUUAAUACCAUCAUGUAUUUUUUGUGAAGUUGAUUUAAGGAAUAACAGUACUGUAGUUG